AUGUCUCGACGACAGGCCAGAACUUCCGUGCGCUUCAGCACCUACAGUAUGACGCCGUCCUUCGCACCCACCAUCAAGACGUCUGACUCGGCCCAGACCGAGAUCCGUGAAAUUGCCCUGAACCUCGACCGCAUGGAGAACAAGGCUCUGUCCUUGCAGCGCGUCAUGCUCAGUGACGAGAAGACGGACAAUAUGAGCAAGCUGGCUCUGGGUGCCAAACUCGACCGUGCUCUGGACCGACGCAUGAGCGGACAGGACGCUGUUAUGCGCCCGCGCCGAAACGGAUCCGUCAACGUUGCCAUGGUUGAAAAGACGGCACUGAGCGAAAAGGCAUAA